AUGUCUACAAAAUCCACCAAAUCAGCAAGCGCUUCUUCAGCUGUCCAAUCCAGUUCUGCUUCGAUCACGAACAAAUCAAUUAAAUCUUCCAAAUCCACCAGUUCAAAUCUACAAGAGAAAGAAUUCUUAGAAUCUUACCCACAAACUUGUAAACCCGGUGAUACUCCAGGUUCUCCAGGUAAUACCACCGAUGCUCAAUUGAAAACAUUGAAAGAAUUUAGAUCUAUUUUGAAAAAGAAAGGUUACACUGAAAGAUUAGAUGAUGCCACUCUAUUAAGAUUCCUAAGAGCAAGAAAGUUUGAUUUAGCCUUGGCUGAAAAAAUGUUUGUUGAUUGUGAAAAUUGGAGAAAGGAAUUCGGUACUAAUACUAUACUAGAAGAUUUCCAUUAUGAUGAAAAACCAAUUGUAGCUAAAUAUUAUCCACAAUAUUACCAUAAAACUGAUAAAGAUGGUAGACCUUGUUAUUUCGAAGAAUUAGGUAUGGUCAAUUUACCAGAUAUGUUAAAGAUCACUACCCAAGAAAGAAUGUUAAAAAACUUGGUUUGGGAAUAUGAAGCUUUUGUCAAAUAUAGAUUACCAGCUUCUUCAAGAGCAGUCGGUUAUUUGGUCGAAACCUCUUGUACAAUUAUGGAUUUAAAGGGUAUUUCCAUCUCAAGUGCUUACAAUGUUAUCUCUUACGUUAAAGAAGCAUCUAUCAUUGGUCAAAAUUAUUAUCCUGAAAGAAUGGGUAAAUUUUAUUUAAUUAAUGCUCCAUUUGGAUUCUCUACUGCCUUUAAAUUAUUUAAGCCAUUCUUAGAUCCUGUCACUGUCUCCAAAAUUUUCAUUCUAAGUUCAUCAUACAAGAAAGAAUUAUUAAAACAAAUCCCAGAAGAAAACUUACCAAAGAAAUUUGGUGGGAAAUCUGAAGUUUUAGAAGCUGACGGUGGAUUAUAUUUAUCUGAUGUGGGUCCAUGGAGAGAUGCUAAAUACAUUGGUCCAGAGGGUGAAGCUCCACAUGCAUUUUCUUUAAAAUAA